AGUUUAGUUGUUCGAACCUCGGUAUCUCGUUCAGCCUUUUCUAAAAAGCAAAUCGUUUUGGUUUGGUAGUGAAGAGCUAGCUUGUGUAAACGUGUGCUGCCCUCUCUCUGGCAGUUGACCAUUUUGCCCGGAUUGAAUCACAGUGCACUAAAAAGUCAUAUCUUGGGCGAGUGGAGGGAACAUCUACAGGUUCCAGAAGUUGUCUGCUACAAUUGUUACUCACGCUGCUGCUAUCCGCCUGGCUCAGGACACACACGCUUGCUUGGUGUUCUACGAGACUAGCUGCUAGGUCCAAACACUGCACACGACGCAGGUUGUAGUCGCCUGGCACUCUGCAGGGGCCGCUUGUCAGUGUUCGUGUGCGGACGGCCUGUAGAACUUUUCGUGAUAGCUAGUUUCGAAGCUAUCCCCGAGGAGCAGGAGGGUCAACUCAACUACGAUAGCGGUGGUGGGUUUGAACGAUCUCGAAGGGGGAGAAUGUCUGACGACGAAUCCGAUGCUGGCUCUCAGGGAGAAGGCGCAGGCCUCGGGUCAUACGACGGCGAGCGCAAUGAGCAGAAAGAGCGUCACGGUAAAGGCAAGGCCAUUCUGCCCAACGGCGAUACGUACGAAGGAGAGUAUCGCAAUGGGAAACGCAGCGGGCAGGGUCUGUACCGGUUCAAGUCCGGAGGAAAGUACCAGGGAGAGUAUCUGGACGGCGUGAAGCACGGCCAAGGACUUUUUGUCUAUCCAGACGGGAGUCAGUAUGAGGGUCAAUGGGCAAAAGAUCAGCGUACAGGUGAGGGCACGUACACAUACGUAACCGGCGACGCGUACAAGGGACUGUGGGAAAAGAAUGUCAAACACGGCCAGGGUACUUACACGUACAAAGACGGCACCAAGUCUAUUGGUAUCUGGGUUCACGGGCGGAGACAAGGUUCGGGAGAGAUCUUCUACAACGGUUUCACAUACAGGGGAAUGUUCCAUGCCAAUGAGCCUACCGGUGACGGCACGUUUGUGUUCCCUUCAACGGACUCCUCGGAACCAAUGGAACAAACCGGCGAACACAUCGUGGUGAUGCCGCCGGUGCGUGACGACGAUGAGGUGGAAAAUGCUGACAUUAGACUUGAGGACACGCAGAGAAGAUGGAGACCGAUAGAAGUGGGCCCACCCGGCUAUAAAAGCGAGGAGAGCCCGGCAAGCGCUGCAACAUUAUCCUGAGAAAGACAGAGAGAUAGAAAGAGCAGUCUUCCAACUUAGCUGUAGGUGCUGAACGAAGUUAUAAGACGGCUUCAAGACACAUUUGGAUGCUUUAUCCUUUAGUAUUGGAUAGCUAGAGAACCGGGUAUCAUGAUGGAUUUUUGUGAUGAUCCACUGGCCAGUAAACUCCAUGGACGAGUCAUUUAGGCCAUGUCUCACACAACGGCACAUAGAGCACUCUCUCAAGUCAAAUGUCGCAUAUUCUUCUUCGCUAGUCCUGAUCGGAUACUCUGUGUAUGUAUGCGGGCAGUCGUUGACCCUCGUUUCCUGUUAUUGUCUAUGAUUCCCGGCCGACCCAAGUGAACCGGGACAAUAGUUCUCCUCUGGAAAGGACAUUGUACCUUUCCUGUACAUGUGGUAUCUCAGCGGUUAGGUUGUUGUGUUUAACCAGUCUCCGUUUACUUGCCUGCACAGAAGUAGGUAGUUGACACCAACGAAUGACAGUGUUACGAUCAUGUCACUAUAUGUACUGCUUCAGAGCUUUCGACUGAAACUUUCAAAGUUCUCCAGCGGAUUGUAGACUAAUCUACUGCCUCCUCUUUUUACACUAUGACCACAUGCCUAUGUCCAUAUAUCCCUAGUUCUUUCUAUUCUUUUUUUUUAAAGACAGAAGUCCAGGAAUUACUUCUUUUUGAAGGAUUA